AAGGAUCUGUGAAGAUUAUCCACUCGAACAGAUCUUCAGCCGUGUGAUAUUAUAUUUCUUCGAAGAUAGAUAUACUUUACUGUUAUUUGGAUCAAGGCAGAAAAUAUGGACAGGGCAUUAGUUUCUUCCGUCUGAAUCCAACAUCAUCAUGAAGGUAUUCGUUAUACUCGCACUUUUUAUGGUUAGUCGAGCUGCAGGAUUAACAGAUGAUCGGAGAGAGGUGACUCCAUUAUAUCGCCAACAGACAAGCCGUUUUGGCGCCCGUUCGACGGAGGGAAUAGAUUUUUACCAUUCAUUUUCUGAAGAUGGCAGCAGAUUGGAGCCUGAAAAUCGUAGACAAUUCGAUCCUGAAAGUAGCCGUUAUUUCCCGAAUGCUCCGAGUUAUUCAGAAUUACCCAAUUAUUCUAUGGAAAGAGACCCGGAAUCGGAUUACCAACCGACACCAUUCAAAUUCGUCUAUCAGCCAUUGAUCUAUAAUCCAUACACUUACAAUUACAUGUCUGCUGCUAUGAGAAAUUAUCAUUAUCAGCUAUUUUGACGAAUUAAUUGCAU